AUGACAGAUCAAUGGUUAAGAUCCGUCACUGAUCUCCACCUUCACAUCAUGAAAAGUGGAAAUAAACUCGACUUUAAAAAUUGGGCUCUAAAGAGUCACGUCUUAUGGAUGAACAAAUUACCAAUUAUGAGAGGGGCGCAAUUGCAAGACGCGAGGGGCGGAAAUGGGAGGUUUCGGAAAUACGCGUAA